AUGGAGGCUCAGCAGAAUGUUGGAAUGAGAAUGGCUGCAAAAGUCAAGAUUGAUGUGGACUUUAAAAGGGGACAGAAACACAAGAUUCAGAACUGCAGGAGUCCAAACAGUGAGGCCUUUUUUUCAAACCCUUUCCGAAGUGCAGGGACGCGAGAGAAAGGCGAGUCCAUAGGGAUGAAUAUCUCUUUCUUCACUUUAAUUCCUAAGAAGGUUAAUGCUCUCAAUCUAAAUGAUUAUAGGCCAAUAAGUUUGAUUGGGUCAAUGUACAAGCUGUUGUCUAAGGUUCUUGCAAGUAGACUAAAACCAGUUUUGCCAGAAGUAAUUAAUGAAACUCAAUCAACUUUUUUGGGUGGAAGGAAUAUCUUGGAUGGGGUUUUGAUUGCGAAUGAAAUUAUGGAUGGGUGGAAGAAAGCCAAAAAGAAGGGACUAUUGUUUAAACUUGAUUUUGAGAAAGCUUGUGACUUUAUCAAUUGGGGUUUUUUGUUUUCCAUAUUAGCAAAUUUUGGUUUUGGUUCUAAAUGGAUUUCUUGGAUGAAAGAGUGUAUCUCAACUGUUAGAAUUUCAGUACUUGUGAAUGGGUCACCAACUAAAGAGUUUAGUCCUCAAAAAGGCCUUAGACAGGGUGAUCCAUUAUCGUCUUUUCUAUUUAAUUUGGUAGUUAAAGGCCUUAAUAUUCUACUACUCAGAGUUAGGGAGUUGGGUUUGGUUAAAGGGAUUCAUAUUGGUGUCAAUGGAGUGGUUGUUUCAUAUCUACAAUUUGCUGAUGAUUCACUUUUCUGUGAAGCUGAUGUGCAGGAGGUGAUGAAUUUGAAAAGAAUCUUAAGAUGUUUUGAAAUGGUCUCAGGGCUUAAGAUUAACUUCCAUAAGUGUGUGGUUUGUGGGGUAGGAAUUUCUGAUAGUUGUCUCAAGAAUUUUGCUAGUUUGCUUAAUUGUAAAACCCAGAGUUUGCCACUGAAAUUCCUUGGCUUACCUUUGGGUGCUUCUCCAAGAAGAAAAAAGGUAUGGAAACCUGUCAUUGACAAAAUCAAAAGCAGACUUGCUGGGUGGAAAAGGAGGCUUCUGUCCUUUGCUGGAAGACUGACACUAAUUAAGUCAGUGCUGUCCAGUUUGCCUGUGUAUUAUCUAUCACUUUUCAAGAUGCCAGAAGGUGUUGCAAAGGAAAUAGAUCGAUUACAAGCUGUGUUCUUGUGGGAGGGGACAGAAUUGAAAAGAAAGAUUUAUCUAGUGCAAUGGAAAGAGGUGACCAAAAGCAUUAGUCAAGGUGGGUUGGGAAUUAGAAAAAUCAGAAAGGUUAAUGAUUGCCUAUUAAUGAAACGGUGGUGGAGAUUUGCCAAUGAAAAUGAGGCACUAUGGAAAAAAGUGGUUUGUAAUAAAUAUAAAAUUCAAGCAGGAGCUUGGCUUCCAAAUCAAAUAGUUGGCAUAAGAUGGUCUAAGAUAUGGGGUGAUAAACUAGCUGUGGCAGAGCAAAGAAACACCAUCCUACAAUUUUUUCUUGAUAAUCUUCAUAUUAAAGUGGGUAAUGGGUGUAGAGUUAGAUUUUGGCAGGACAAAUGGUGUGGUGGCUGUUGUUUAAAAGAGGGUUUUCCUAGACUUUAUUCCUUAUCCACUGCUAAGAAUGGUUCCCUCAAGUUCUUUGUUGAUAACAAAGGAACAUCUGAGAUGUGGGAUCUCAGUUUAAGGAGGCCUUUGCUACAGUGGGAGGGUAAAGAGUCAUCCAAACUCACUAACCUGUUAAGAGCAGCACCUGUACUUUUUUCAGGUGAAAAAGAUAAACCAAGGUGGCUUCCAUGCCAAACAGGUCAGUCCUUUGUUGCAUCUUUAUAUAAGCACUGUGUAUUGGGUUUUGGUGUAUUUGAGAGUUCUAGCAGAUUGGUGUGGAUUAACUACCUCCCCCCCAAAGUUCAAUUUUUUGGGUGGCUAGCUUGGAAACAUAAACUUAAAACUUCUGUUUUCCUUCAAAGGGUGGGAGUUCUGGGUGAGGGAGCAUCCAUUCUGUGUGGUUUUUGUAAAUCUGAGGCAGAAUCUGUUGAACAUGUUCUAGUUUCUUGCCCUAAGGUAUGGAAGGUCUUGACUAGCCUAUUGCAGUGGUGGGGAAUAUUAUGGGUUGUGCCUGGUUCUGUUGACUGCUUACUCUAUUGCAACAGUGAUGUAGGCAUCUGGGCUUUUUGCAAAUUUUGGCAUGAGGAUUUGGUCAUGUGGAACUGUUGUUUGGGGCUAAUCUUGGUGAAGUUUUGUAUCAUAAAUGAGGGUUCAAUGAUUCCACCGCUUGCCUACAUGAAUUUUAAUGGUUCAUCAGUCUAUAUUUGGUGUGAAUCCCUUCUGGGCCCUGAAACAGAUGUUAUGCUCUGGAUUGUUAUGUUUUGCUGUUUAUGGAUUAAGGCUGCUGCUGGAGUAAGGUCUUAUGCUGUACGGUCUGAUGCCUAUUUUGUGUUGUUAUGUGCUGUGUUGUUAUGUUGUGUUGUUGUCUUCAAGUCGGUGCCUUCUGCUGUUGUGGCAGCAUCUUUUGUUCUCUGGUUUGUUGGUUCCUCACCAACUGGCACUUGGAGCAUGUGA